GUGAUUAUGCGUUAGACUCUCGAGCCUAUAGCACGUUUAUUUAAUACGAGUUUUCGACAGCUUGAGGUUCGGCACUUGCGAUCUUGAAAUAUUUUGGAAUUUCAUCAACAGCAGCUGUUCUCUCAACCAUUCCAGCUAAAUAUAACUCGAUCGCGCGAAGCAAUAUAUUAGAAAUGCCCAGCACGAUGAUUUCAGCUGAAACCCCAAUAGGCUUAUUGGUGGGGCUAGGUGCUAUAGCAUUUGUUAUUAUUCGGUUCUUGAUCAAAAGUACCCGGUCACCUCUCUCAUCUUUACCAGGUCCAUGGUAUUCACGGUUCACGCGUUUAUCUCUAAAACUUCAUAUUCUUACCGGGCGGAGAAUGCACUAUAUUCACGGACUUCACCAAAAAUACGGCUCAAUCGUGCGGAUCGCACCAAAUGAGGUAGCCGUGGCAGACCUGGAGGCAUUUUCGCAGAUCCAUCGGAUCGGAAGUGGCUUCAACAAAUCGAUUUGGUAUGAUUCGAGUAGAAUCGGGUCCGAGAAUGGCGGAGAACCUGGAGUGUUCAGUAUGCGCAAUGCGAAGGACCACGCCAAAAGACGCCGGCUCUUCGCACGCCCUUUCAGCAACUCAGCUUUACGCAGAAACUGGGAAGAUACUGUACGCGCUACAGCCGAGCGUGCCAUUGCCAAGGUCAAGAGUGAGGCACUGCAAGGAGAAGCAGACGUUCUAAAGUGGUGGACUCUGAUGGCUACCGAUGUAAUUGCUCAACUAUCAUUUGGUGACUCGUUCGACAUGGUCGGCCUCGGUCAGAAGAACCACUAUAUCAAGGCAUUGACAAGCGCACUUAUGGGAUCAGGAAUAAGUUGGGAGCUGCCUUGGCUGGCCACUGUUUUGCGUUUGAUCCCGCAUCCGUCCAUUCAACAAGUCUUUAACUCGAACCAAAUCAUUUUUGAAUAUGGCGCGCGGGCCGUAUCAAACUUGCGACAGGCAGGCGGUAGUCAGAAUCUCUUCAGCCAAAUGCUUGCCGAAUCAGAAGCGACCGAGAAGCAACAACUAACGGACCGAAGCGUGAGAUUUGAGGCUUCAAACUUAAUCGUCGCUGGAUCCGACACUACCGCGGUAACGUUAACGUAUCUGCUAUGGGUAGUGCUCAAGCGACCUGAUCUUCAACGCCGACUCGAGGAGGAACUGGAUGCACUUCAGCCUUCGUUCCAGGACGAGGAGCUCGAGCAAUUGCCGUUGCUGAACGCUGUUAUUGAAGAAACGUUACGUCUUUAUGGUGCGGCUCCAGGUACUUUGCCCCGAGUUGUACCAGAAGGCGGGGCGACCCUCGGUGGCUUUUUCAUCCCUGCACAAACUGAAGUAUGCACUCAAGCAUUUACAUUGCACCGAGACGAGAACAUAUUCCCAGAUCCUCUCAAAUUUGACGAGACAAGAUUCAUGCACAGCCAGACGGCACCGCAGAAGUUGGCUUUCCACCCAUUUGGCGCAGGUUCUAGGGUCUGCUUAGGCAUUCACUUGGCACGAAUGGAACUCAGAUUAGCUACCGCACUUUUCUUCAGAGAAUGUCGCGGAGCUCGACUGGCGGCGUCGAUGACCGACGAUGUCAUGGACAUGGAAAACCAUUUCUUGAUUGCGCCACGAGGACACCGCUGCAGUGUCACACUUCUUACACGAAGUUGAGCGAUUGCAUGGUAAGGAAUCUGUUUCAAGAAUCUCUAACACCUCACAAUGAAUAGUCAUAUUACCUAACCUAGUGGCAUCGUUUAUAACAUUUAGCACAAUAAAGCAAAUAUGCAAGCAGGACAAUCUUCUUGUCGAUGCCAUUGUCCUUCUCCUAAAGAGAGCAUUGUCAUGACCGAUAAUGGAGAAUGCGUGUGAAAAUCUGAAUCUCACAUUGUUCGCGACCCCCUUUUUUAAUGCUUGCCCAAGUCUUCAACCGUCACAAUGCCCAACGCUAUUUUCGACAACAUCACAGCUGAUUACGAAGAGGGAAGCCACUGCGACAAGGGGAGGCUGCAGGCCAUUAUCGUACGCCACCCAGUGUCUGGUUGUUCUGGUAAGAUUGAGAUUUUCGCUAAGAACGAAAUUUCUGAGAUCAAG